CAUUUUGUGGCGUUCUGUCAUUUAAGAGUGCCCUUGUUUUCACUUUUAUUAUUUUAUAUUACAAUACUAUUACUAUAAAAUUAUACCUUUACCAAAGUAACUUAAAUAAGUUGUGAAGUUUAAGUUGUUAUGUCUACUCUAUUUAAGUGAAAACAUUUUUCAAAAUGAGUGACUCUGAACUAGCCUAUGGGUCCUCUCUAACAGUUGACUCAAUUAAAGUUAUUGCAGAAAAUGUUGGAAUUGCAAAUCUAGGUGAUGAUGCUGCGAAAGAACUGGCUGAUGAUGUUUCAUUUCGGCUUAAAAUAAUUGUUCAAGAUGCAAUGAAGUUCAUGCAUCAUGCUAAACGACAGAAGUUGUCAAUAACAGAUAUAGACAAUGCUCUCAAAGUUAAAAACAUGGAGUGUCAAUAUGGCUUCAUACAACCUGAUUCAUUACCCUUCCGUUUUGCAUCUGGUGGUGGCAGAGAAUUAUACUUUGUGGAAGAAAAGGAAAUUGAUUUAUCAGAAAUACUGUCAACACCACCCCCAAAGAUACCAUUGGAUGUUUCUGUUAGAGCGCAUUGGUUAAGUGUUGACGGUGUACAGCCUGCGGUACCUGAAAAUCCUCCUCCAUUGUCGAAAGAAGCUCAAAAGCUUGAAUCUGUUGACCCCAUUACAAAAUUAAGCAAGCCUAAUAACAAAGACUCUGCAGGAAAACCGGUGUGCGGAAAAGCAGCUCGUUUGAAAGCUUCAGAAUCUGUACAUGUAAAACAACUUGCAACUCAUGAAUUAAGUGUUGAACAACAACUUUACUACAAAGAAAUUACGGAAGCUUGUGUUGGAAGCGAUGAAGCCAGGCGUGCGGAAGCUUUACAAUCAUUAGCAUGUGAUCCGGGACUACAUGAGAUGUUGCCGAGAAUGUGCACUUUCAUUUCAGAAGGAGUUAAAGUAAAUGUUGUUCAAAAUAAUCUUGCACUUCUUAUAUACCUGAUGAGGAUGGUUAAAGCACUACUAGACAAUCAAUCCCUCUACUUGGAAAAAUAUUUACAUGAACUAAUUCCUUCAGUGUCGACAUGCAUUGUAUCGCGGCAGCUAUGCUUGCGACCAGAAAUGGAUAACCACUGGGCCCUGCGGGAUUUCGCAGCACGUCUUAUGGCGCAGAUAUGCAAAACAUUUAAUACUUCUACUAAUAAUCUACAAACAAGAGUUACAAGGUUAUUUGCGAAGGCAUUACAAUGUCCCUCUCAAACAAAUAAUGAAACUGGUAAUGGUCCUUCAAUGGUCACUACCAUGAAGGAGUCGGAGAAGACCCCUCUUGCAUCCCUGUAUGGUGCAGUACAAGGAUUAGCGGAGCUGGGACCUGAAGUUGUCAAGGUGUUUAUUCUGCCGCGCGUGCGUUGGCUGGGCGAGCAACACAACUGUGAAGACUGA